AGAUCUGAGCGAGUCUGGAGACGACAUUAAAACACGUCAGCAGAUUUCAGUCGUAGUGCAACAUCAAGACUCCUCAGCAAAAGCAGAACUUGUCUGAACCCCUUCCUGGGAUUGUGAAGAGGACCCAGGAAAGACGGUGUGCUGCCAGGUGAGCCGCAUCCCUCCCUCGGUGUUUAUGCAGGUUGUCAACAUCUGACAGCGGACGAAACGGGGCUGGCAGCUGGUUUCCCUUUGCCUGAUCAGUGUGGACUGUUGGCCCACAGCUGAAGCAUCUGCCUGGCCGCCCAGCAUCGCCACGAUGAAUGAGAGUCGAAGGGAAGCACUGGCGGCGGCGGCCCCGACGCCCACCACCGCCUCCUCCUCCGUGGCCGGCGCCAACACCACCAACAUGGCCGGUUCAGGAGAGGAAGAGGAAGCCUUUUCCAAGCUGAAGAACAAAUUCAUGAAUGAGCUGACCAGAAUCCCACUGCCGUCAUGGGCCAUCGUCUCCAUCGCCUUUGUGGCCAUCAUCCUGGUGUUGGCCUGUUGCUUCUGUGUCUGCAAAAAGUGGAUUUUCAAGAAGAAAAACAAAAAGAAGGGCAAAGACAAGGGCAAAAAUGCCAUCAACAUGAUGGACGUCGUAGACGGAGCCAAAACCGAGGCCUUGAAGGAUGAGGAGGAUGCGGAGACAGGGCUGACUGAAACGGAGAAAGAACCUGAGCCCAAGGAGGAGGAGAAACUGGGCAAAUUACAAUACUCCCUGGAUUACAAUUUCACAGAGAAUACGCUCAUGGUGGGGAUUAUUCAGGCCGCGGAGCUGCCAGCGAUGGACAUGGGGGGCACUUCCGACCCGUAUGUAAAGGUCUACCUGCUGCCUGACAAGAAGAAGAAAUUUGAGACCAAGGUCCACAGGAAGACCCUCAACCCCGUCUUCAAUGAGCAGUUCACCUUCAAGGUCCCGUACGUAGAGCUGGGUGGGAAGACGCUGAUAAUGACGGUCUACGAUUUCGACCGCUUCUCCAAGCAUGACGCCAUCGGCGACAUCAAGGUGCCCAUGAACAAGGUGGACUUCAGCCACAUAACAGAGGAGUGGAGGGAUCUGCAGAGCGCCGAGAAGGAGGAGCAAGAGAAGCUGGGCGAUAUCUGCUUUUCCCUGCGAUACGUUCCAACUGCCGGCAAGCUGACCGUGGUCAUUCUUGAAGCCAAAAACCUGAAGAAAAUGGAUGUGGGUGGCUUGUCAGAUCCAUAUGUGAAGAUCCACCUGAUGCAAAACGGGAAGAGGCUGAAGAAGAAGAAGACGACAAUCAAGAAGAACACGCUCAACCCUUACUACAACGAGUCCUUUAGCUUUGAAGUCCCAUUUGAACAAAUCCAGAAAGUGCAAGUUGUUAUAACUGUUCUGGACUAUGACAAGAUCGGAAAGAACGACGCCAUCGGGAAGGUGUUUGUGGGCCUGAACAGCUCGGGGACAGAGCUGCGCCACUGGUCCGACAUGCUGGCCAACCCCAGGAGACCCAUCGCCCAGUGGCACGUGCUGAAGCCCGAGGAGGAGGUGGACGCUCAGCUCUCCACCAAGAAAUAGACAGGGCCCUUUCAGCUCCUGCCUUGUAGUACUCUUUAGCCAGUAUGUGUAAAUACCUCAGUGAUAUAUGGUUCCAUCCACGUAACCCCACCUUUUACCCCUCAUGUUCACCUCCUGAUUUCACACAUGAAUUGAUAAAUCAACCGUCCCGAGACAUCCCCUUUCUGUUUUGAUUUUUCCCUCUUCCUCUCUGAUUUAGCUGUCAUUGAUUUCCAUCGGCGAGCCCUUAACUGCCACAACCAAAUGCCCCCUUCUUUUAAGCAAUAUGAUCUGUAUAGAUAGCGCAUGACUGAAAGAAUUUAUUGUACCACAGUUGUAUAUAUAAGUAUGCAGACAAAAAUGAUUUCUAGUUUCCGUGUUUGUAUGUUGUUACCCGUUUCCUAAUCUGUGUAUAUCUUGAUGUUUUUAAUAAGAUGUUCUAUUUUAAAAAUAUGUAAAUGCAGAUAUAGAGGAAAGCCAAUAUUAUAUAUCCCAGGAUUUAAAAAUUCUACCUUAUUACCUUACUGCAUUCCUGAAAAGAAAAAAAAAAAGAAAAUGUGUUCACAUCGUAAAAGACGACGUCUGGUUCUAAGUUCAGGAAAGAUUCAUCCCAGAAAAGACGAAGAGAUGAAUACCUUCACUCAAAAUCUCCCAAAAAAGACAAGGCCAUUAACUGCUUAUGGUUCUGUGGGAUAAAUGACGCUGCUGGAGAAUAUACAAGCACAUGAUUUCUUACAAGGUUUUGUACUUAUUUCUCAGAGGACCUGCAGUACGUGUACAGCUUAACAACGAUAGUCAGUCACUUCUACGUUCAUUUCCAUAUUUGGCAGAAAAACGGUCCUCGUUCACGUCUACUGGCUUGUUUUCUUUUCCAAACACAGAAACUGACCCCACGUACAAGAAAAAGGAAGAAAAAGAAACUAAAAACAAAAAAAACAAACAAAAAAAGCACCAAGCUGUAGCCAUUGUGUCCUUAAAGCUCGUUUGACAAUAUUUUGUUGAAACGGCGUCGUCGUCGCGUUCGGUCUGACCUUUAGAGGAGGAGUUUUCAACGGAAGGAGCUGGUUUUAUGGUGACUAUUUUUUAGAGCAAUUCAGCGUCUCGACUAUUUUUCGUAAAACUGCAUGAUUUUUUUUACUCUCUUUACUUAAAAGGCUGGGAUGGAGGGCGACCCGCCGAUCUUCUGAUCCGAUCCCCUUGCCUUCAAUCAGAGGAGAGGACUAACAGAGAAAUAGGGUUUGGGUUUCAGUGUCGUCGACGGCGUUGAGGCGAGUUUCUAAACACUGCCAUUUCUAGGGAGGCCACUCGUGUAGAGGUCCUCUCUUCAUGCACACUCCCACUCGCUGGUGGUUGUAGCUUCGGUUUCUUGGGAUCAAUGUCUUCGGCUGCAGUGGUGCCGUGAAUCGCAGUCUUUACUUUGCGUUGCCUUCUCACAGUGUCAAUAGAGCUAGCCAUGUUUUACUGCCAAUGAAACUUUUAUGUGGCUGCUGUUUUGCACUGGAUGUCUUUCAACUCGCUCGUUGACUUCUUUAGGAAACGUUGGUUUCCAGGACAGCCUCCUUCCCCUGCUCCAUCCAAAGCGAUGAUGACAAAUCACGUUUGGGCCAACGGCACUUCCAUCCGUUUAGUUUUCUUGUUGGCAUAUAUGACUACACCCAGAGAGCAGGAAACAACCGUAAAAGUUAAUGGUCUGCGUAUGCGAUUCGUGCAUCAUGUCCUUUACUACGGGUCCAAUUAGGAGCAGAAUAAUCCAUGAAAACCAUGAAGUCUCUUAUCUUGGAGGAACCUCUUGCAUAUAUUGGAUUGCAUAUACUUCAGGAGGACUUUCUAAAUGUUUUCAAUGUUAUUGUGUAGUUGAUAGCACUAUUAUGAAAAAGCUACGUGUCAUUCCAUAGGAGUCUCUGAGGACUGCUUUGUGUAUCACUGUGACUGCCGUGCGUGCUUAGAGAUGUAGAUUUUCUCAGUAGGUAGCCAGUUUGUUCUGUAGUGAUGUCGUAAGCGUUUAAAUCUCAUCCCCCCUUCUACACGCAGCGAGAGAGACGGAGAGAGAGCGCGUCGUCCGCAGACGUCACGCGCGUCGCCCGAGCGGGUCGCUUCACACAGCAUUUUGUUGAGCACUGUGCAAUACUUGUAUGUCCAUCCCAUCGUGUUAACGUGGGUGACGUCGCCCGAGAAAAAGAACCAACAUCGAUGUUUGAGAGUCUAACCCGAGAGGAUGCUCCUCCUCUCCACGGAGCCGGUUAGGACACAGCACACGCAGAUUCAGCUUCUAGGUUGGAGCUGGUCUUGUUUAGGGUUCCCUCCCUCCACCACAGGUUCCUUUCUCCUCUCACACAGUUCCAGCAUCAGAAGUUUCAGGGAGUCUCAGUUAAUUACCAAACGUUCUAAAUGUCCCCUCAAAAAUGCCAUGUAAAUACUUAGAUCAUGUCCGAAAUGUAUAUCUAGAAUAAAUAUAAAGUGACAUGAAUAUGAUUAUUAACAAGCAGAUAUAUUUCAUCCAUAUAUUAACUCUCAUUCUCACUAAUUUCCUUUUUUUGUUCUUUUCUUUUCUUGUUUCCUGCCCUGUCAACUCAAAAGUCCUUUUAUAUUUGAGAUGAAAACUCUGAAUGUACAGUAUGGACUGUGUUGGUGUAGAUUACUUUAACUGUGAGAUUAUUAGAUGUACUUUGCACUUUUUGUUGUUUAAAGAAAAAAAUUUGGACAUUUUGUUAAUAAUUUUCCAAAUAUUAUGAAUUCAUGUCUGAACCAAGCUCCCCAGUCUGAUAGCGUUCCCAAAUCCCUAAAUAUACU